AUGCCUUUCAAGCCGAACGACAACGACCAGAAGGCGAUCAACACGAUCCGCACCCUUGCGCUCGACACGGUCAACAAGGCCAACUCGGGCCACCCGGGUGCCCCGAUGGGCAUGGCGCCUGUCGCCCACGUCCUCUUCUCGCGCUUCUUCCAGUGCAACCCGCAGAACCCGCACUGGGUUAACCGCGACCGCUUCGUCCUCUCGAACGGCCACGCCUGCGCCCUCCAAUACGUCCUCCUCCACCUCCUCGGCUACAAGGUCUCCAUCGACGACCUCAAGCAGUUCCGCCAGCUCGAGUCGAUCACGCCUGGCCACCCCGAGCUCGGCGUUACCGAGGGUAUCGAGGUCACGACCGGUCCUCUCGGCCAGGGUUUCGCCAACGCCAUCGGACUCGCCAUCGCCCAGGCGCACCUCGGCGCCGUCUUCAACAAGGACGGCUACUCGCUCUUCGACAACUACACCUACAUGUUCACCGGUGACGGUUGCUUGAUGGAGGGUGUCUCGGCCGAGGCUGCCUCGCUCGCCGGUCACCUCAAGCUCGGCAACCUCAUUGCGAUCUACGACGACAACCAGAUCUCGAUCGACGGUUCGACUGCCAUUGCCUUCACCGAGGACGUCGGAAAGCGCUUCGAGGCGUACGACUGGCAGGUCCUCCACGUCGAGAACGGAAACGACGACCUCAAGGCCAUCUCGGACGCGAUCGAGCAGGCCAAGGCCGAGAAGAACAAGCCGACCCUCAUCCGUCUCAAGACGACCAUCGGCUACGGCUCGCGCGACCAGGGCACCCACGGCGUCCACGGUAACCCGCUCAAGGCCGACGACACGGUCGAGAUCAAGAAGAAGUUCGGGUUUGACCCGGAGCAGUUCUUUGUCGUCCCCGAGGAGACGAAGAAGAUCUACUCUGAGAUUGCCCAGCGCGGUGCCGAGGCGGAGAAGAAGUGGCAGUCGCAGUUCAACGAGUACGAGCAGAAGUUCCCUGAGGAGGCGAAGGACAUCAAGCGCCGUAUCGACGGCAAGCUCCCUGACGGCUGGGAGAAGGCUCUCCCCGAGUUCAAGCCGUCGGACGACGCCGUCGCCUCGCGCAAGUUGUCCGAGAUGAUCCUCGCCAAGCUCUCGACUGUCGUCCCCGAACUCGUCUCGGGCUCGGCUGACUUGACCCCGUCGAACUUGACGCGCUGGAAGAACGCCGUCGACUUCCAGCCCAAGGAGACCGGGCUCGGCGACUACACCGGCCGCUACAUCCGCUACGGUGUCCGCGAGCACGGCAUGGGCGCCAUCGCGAACGGUAUCGCCGCGUACGGCGGAAACCUCGUCAUCCCCGCCAUCGGCACCUUCCUCAACUUUGUCUCGUACGCCGCCGGCGCCGUCCGCCUCGCCGCACUCUCGCACCUCCGCGUCAUCUGGGUUGCCACGCACGACUCGAUCGGCUUGGGCGAGGAUGGCCCCACGCAUCAACCCAUCGAAACGGUCGCCCACUUCCGCGCCCUUCCCAACUGCAACGUCUGGCGCCCGGCUGACGGCAACGAGACGUCGGCGUCGUACUACGUCGCGAUGACCUCGACCCACACGCCCUCGAUCCUCUGCCUCACCCGCCAGAACCUCCCGCAGCUCGCCGGCUCGUCGAUCGAGAAGGCGUCCAAGGGUGGCUACGUCCUCCACGAGGUCGAGAAUGCCGACGUCACGCUCGUCGCGACCGGCUCCGAGGUCGCCAUCGCCGUCGAGGCUGCCGAGCUCCUCGAGAAGCAGGGCCUCAAGGCUCGCGUCUCGUCCCUUCCGUGCUGGGAGGUCUUCCGCGCGCAGUCGCACGAGUACAAGCUCUCGGUCCUUCCCGACGGCGCCCCCAUCGUCUCGGUCGAGGCUUACACGACUAUGGGGUGGGCCGAGUGGUCCCACGCGCAUGUCGGAAUUGACCGGUUCGGUUCCUCAGGACCCGCGAAGAAGGUCUACGAGUUCUUCAACCUCACCGGUCCGAAGGUCGCCGAGCGCGCGCAGAAGUCGAUCAACUACUUCAAGAAGCUCGGACACCCCGUCUACUCGCCCGUCUCGCACAGCAUCAACGUCUAG